AUGGAGCGGCAUAAUAACCUGGACGAAAUCCCAUACGAGCUCAUGCAGAGCUAUCUCGAGACCUAUUUCAAGUACAUAUACUUAUGGUGCCCGGUCCUGGACAAGCAGAUGCUUCGAGAACGUCCAAGUACUCUAUCCUCGCCUCUGCUAAAACACGCGCUCGCUCUUUGCGGCGUCCGACUUCAGCCUCCGCUUAUCGCCCACACCUCCUGUCUGGAUCAUUAUAGACGCGCAAAGGGUCUUUUCUAUACUAACUACCCCGAGAAUCCCAUUUCGCAAAUAUCUGCCAUUAUGCUGUUCCACUGGUACAGUCUCAGUCCGCCCAAUUUGGUCACCAAGGACAGCAAUUGGUGGUGGAUUGGGACCACAGUUCGCCUGGCUCAACAAAUUGGACUACACCGGGAACCAAUAGCCGCUCAACCAGCUUACACAGGAGAGACGCCGGCACUCAGACGUAGGAUAUGGUGGACCUUGUUUGUGAGAGAUCGCAUUGCAGCGCUAGCCCAAGGGUUGCCACUUAUCAUCGAUAAGGACUAUUGUGACAUCAAAACGGUUACAGUGGACGACUUCCCAGAUCCGGAGCACAUCUCUGCAACUAUUUUCGUCCAAUGGGUUCACCUUUGGGAUAUUGCCGGACGCAUUACUAAAGAAUUGCUUCUGAAAAAGGACGCUCAGAGCAAGGCACUCCUAGCCCACGAACUGAUUGGCUGGGCACAGAAUUUACCAAGUGCUCUCCAACUGCCAAUCGGCGACCAUUCGGUAUUGGAUUUCAACCGAGAUAUGUAUUAUCUCCAUCUUGGACAUCUUACAGUUGUUGUCGUCCUCCACUUCAGCAAGGGCCAAGGAACAAUACCAAGGGCAUCUAUACCGGCAAUCGCGGCAGCCUCGUGUAUCGCAGCAAUCUUCCGAGCAUACCUCAGCCGUGGAUCUGUCCAGUACCUAGGCUGUGAGGCGGUCUGGUACUGCACUGUUGCCAUUUUAGCUCUCGUACGAGCUCGUCAGAUCGAGGCAUUGACUUGUGACGCCGACGCCGACAUUGGCACGCUCAGGCUUGCUCUGAGAGAGCUGUCCAGAUGGUCUCUUACUGGCAGGAUGUUCAACCUCGGCCUUGAGAGAUUAUUGAAAGAGGAACCUUUCCCGUCUGGAUGUAGCUCUCCCGCGCAUCAUGAUAUCAGGGAUUUCUCCAGAAGACCCGGCCAGAGUGCUAGGACCGACGAGACACGAUGGAUGGAUUAUUUCCCCAACAUCACCGCCCAAACGAGUCCGCUGAUUGCUGGUCUAAUCCUCAAUGACUGCAUAAGUGUGCCAUUCCCACGGGUGGAGUGGCCUGAUGACGUGACAAUGCACCAAGACCUCUUUAGGGACAUAGAUGGCUGGAGCAGGUAG